CCAUUUCAUUUUCCUUCUAUCAUCUGCCAAUAAAAGAUCACAGCUGCUUGAAUAGUUCAUCCGCCCCACAACACAUCUUCCUACUCUUUCUCGCACACAUUUGUCCAUUGACUUUGCAAUGAUUUCCGAUUUCCACUCAAAUCGCUCCAACUGUCAUUUCGCAUACAUAUGCACCUCUUGUUGUUAUUGCUUUUGAAGUUGUUCGUGCACUUUAUUUUUUGUCAGCCAUAACCGUCGCAACAUUUACAGUGACAUCUGGUCAUAAUAAAGUUAAAAAACGUUUGUAAAUUCAGCGAAUAAGGAAAGAAACAAAAAAUAAAAUAACAGCUAUUAUUCAAAGAAUUGCUAAUAAAAAAGAUACGAAUAACGAAUGCCAAUUUGCCGCUUCGAGUCUCGAAUGUCAGUUGAAUUUCGAAUCGGCAGCGAAUUAGUGCGACACCAACAACAAUAGACAGUGCACUAACAAAAAGUUGGGAAAGAAGCAAAUGCGAAAAGAGAACGAACACUGAAAACGAGCAACAAUUCAGCGAGUGAAUAAUUCCGCCGGAUCACCGCGCGCCGCGCAGCUGUUUAUAUCGUCUACGUUGCUGUUGUUUCUUGCUUGAAAAGCCAUACACAACCGCUGCCAAAGAAGCACAGUCGAGCUUAGUGAGUGAGUAAUCGUCACAACGGAAAAAAAUCUUUAGUGAAACCCCCACGCUGAGGUGUUAAAAUCGAAAUAUAAAUCCUGUAGAAACUAUCCAUAAAAAUAUAGAAUUCAGUAAAUAUAUUGGGUAAGAAGACACAAACAAGCAGCUAAAAAAUAUCGGAAAUCGAAUUGAUGUGGUGAGAAGGUAUCAUCAGUAGAUAAGUGCCCUUUCGUUUGCAGUAAUUCAACGCAUACGAAAAAAGAAGAAAAAAUACCAAAAAAAAAAAAAAAAAUAGCUCCACUACAUUGAAAAGUGCACACCACAGCCCAAAAUUGGAAAAAGAAAACAUUAAACGCCGCAAACUAAGCCGUAGAAGCAAUAGCAUUUAAGAUUAGCAGUAGUUGCACAGUCGCAGAAGUGGACAAUCCCAAAUUCCACAAUGGAAUACAUUUCAGUUGGGCAAAGUGUUAAAAUUAAGCGCACAGAUGGCCGUGUGCAUGCCGCAGUAGUGUCGAAAAUUAACGAAUCUGGCAAAUCAAUAACCGUGGAAUGGUACGAACGCGGUGAAACUAAAGGCAAAGAAGUCGAAUUGGACGCUAUACUCUCUUUGAAUCCAGAAAUCCUACAAGAUCCCGAACCGGAACAAAAUGCCGCGCCUGAACCGAAGAAACAAGCGACUGCGCCCAUAAAUCUUGCACGCAAUGCUACACAAGGCGCAAUCGGACAUCGCACCAAUCGAGCCACCAUCAAUGCCACCAGUUUGCUCUCAUCGUCCGCCGUUUCGGAACAUUCGGAGAAUAUACCGCCACCACCAACAACGGGUAUUGUGCGCUCGCGCACCACCAAUAACGCAACGCGUUUGGCCUCAGCUACCGGCAGUGGUGUAGGUAGUGGUGGUGGCGGCAGUGGCAUCGCCAUGAGCACCAGCGCCGGCAAUUCCUCUUCGAUUGCGUCCAGUUCAGUUGCGGGUAAUGUGGGCGCACGGCGUUCCUAUGUUGUUAAAGAAGUUGAACGACUGAAGGAGAAUCGUGAGAAGCGGCGUGCACGUCAAGCAGAAAUCAAAGAGGAGAAAAAUGCGCUCAUGAAUCAAGAUCCAGGCAAUCCGAAUUGGGAGACCGCACAAAUGAUACGUGAAUAUCAAAACACGUUAGAAUUUAAUCCGCUUGUUGACGGCCAAGUAUAUGAGGAUCAUCAAAUCACAGUGUGUGUGCGUAAGCGACCACUCAGCCGCAAAGAGGUAACACGGAAGGAGAUUGACGUUAUUUCGGUGCCGCGUAAGGACACGCUCAUCGUGCAUGAGCCACGCAACAAGGUCGAUUUAACGAAAUUCCUUGAAAAUCAUAAAUUCCGUUUCGAUUACGCAUUCGAUGAUCGCUGCGACAAUGCCAUGGUCUACAAGUACACUGCUAAGCCAUUAGUGCAGACAAUUUUCGAUGGCGGUAUGGCGACAUGUUUCGCCUACGGUCAAACGGGUUCCGGCAAAACGCACACCAUGGGCGGUGAAUUCAAUGGUAAAGUGCAGGACUGCAAGAAUGGUAUUUACGCAAUGGCAGCACGCGAUGUCUUCACUUAUUUGCGAAGUCCGCGUUAUCGUACGCUCAAUUUAGUUGUGUCCGCUAGUUUCUUUGAAAUAUACAGUGGCAAGGUCUUUGAUUUGCUCUCUGACAAGCAAAAAUUACGCGUACUCGAAGAUGGUAAGCAGCAAGUGCAAGUCGUGGGCUUAACUGAGAAGGUUGUCGAUAGCGUCGAAGAAGUGCUCAAACUUAUACAGCAUGGCAAUACGGCGCGUACCUCCGGACAGACGUCGGCCAAUUCAAAUUCAUCGCGUUCGCAUGCCGUUUUCCAGAUUGUCUUGCGUCCGCCGGGUUCAACUAAAAUACACGGCAAAUUCUCAUUUAUCGAUUUGGCUGGCAAUGAACGUGGCGCCGACACAUCAUCUGCCAAUCGACAGACACGUAUGGAGGGCGCUGAAAUUAAUAAAUCACUACUCGCGUUAAAGGAGUGUAUACGUGCAUUGGGUAAACAGUCGGCACACUUGCCUUUCCGUGUUUCGAAAUUGACACAAGUAUUGCGCGAUUCGUUUAUUGGUGAGAAGAGUAAGACGUGCAUGAUAGCGAUGAUAUCGCCCGGUUUGAGUUCAUGCGAACACACGUUAAAUACAUUACGUUAUGCGGAUCGUGUUAAGGAGCUUGUGGUCAAGGAUAUGCCGGAUAUGAUGCGCGAAGGUGAUCCUGAGCAAACCAUAAUGGAGGAGGACGAAGAUCAAAUGGUCGUACAGAAUAAUCGUUCACAUAAUCAUAACAUUAACAACAAUAAUAACAAUAACAAGAACAAUGGACAGAUGUCGGAGAACGAUUUGGCGUUGUUGCGGUCACUAAGUGAACACGACAUGUCAGAUGAGUUGCUUGUGCAACAUGCUGCCAUUUCCGAUUUGCAACAAACCGAAGAAAUGGUGGUGGAUCAACAUCGUUUAGUCAAUGAUUUUCUCUCACAGUUUUUGCCCGAAUCAUUGCGACUGUAUGACCUAACCAAUUAUGUGGAUUAUGAUCAGGAUGCAUACUGUAAACAGGGUGAGGCGCUUUUCACACAACUUGCUGAAUUGGCUACCAGUUGUCGAGACUUAAUGGCCGAUUUUCGUGCUAAAAUGGCCAAAGAGGAGAUGUUAUCGUGCACCGUUAAACCGACCGUCGGCAAGCGUUAAACGACGUACGUGCUUGAUAUGUGGCAAAAUACAUGCACUGUUUAGAAGUGAGGAGAAAAUAAACAGCAACAGCAACAAUAACAAAAGCAAACGCAUCAUAUAUAUAGAUAUAUUAAUAUAAACGAAGACAUUUGUAAGCCUCCUGUAAGCAAGCAUAGCAAUGCUGAAUGGUUAGCAAACAAAGAAUUUAAGAGAAGAAUAAGCAAUUAUGAUGUUUAACAACAACAACAAUAUGUAGGCGCAACAACAAUGGAAAUUAAAUGAUUAUACUUAUAAAAGAUAAACUAUGCAACAACAACAAAAACAAAAAUACUCCUAAAAUCAAUAACGCACCCACAUUAUUACGAUUAUCACAAAACGCGUAAAUGUAAAACAAAACAAAACAAAAACUAUAUUUGUACACCCCAUUCCCAGCGGAAACUAACAAAGAAAUCGUGAUAGGCAUAACAGUAAAUUGUGGUGUUUUGCAAGUAAUAUAACAUAACAUAACAUAAAACGCUCACAACUGCAUACGCAUCAAAAAAUCAUUUCCUGUUGGCUGCAACAGACAUUCAUCGUAAGUUUACUGAUAUUCACCACUCACAGCUGGCUGUCCAAACCAGUUACACAUGCAAACAUACAUACAUCAUAUUAACUUUUUCACCACACAUUCAUCCUACGCGCAUGCUCACUCAUUUCUGCACACAAUCACAACACACACACAUACACAACACACGUCGUGCAUAGCUAUUACAACCAUGCCCAUUUUGGCAACCAUCUACGCGGGAGCUAACUAUAUUUAAUGCUGUUUACGCGUAGACGUUGAUUUAAUGUUGAUGAUAAUGAUGUUGAAGUUGAAUGCUUAUUAUAAUAUUAAUAAUAAUAAUUUUCGUCUUUUACCUUCUA